AUGCAGUUCAUGCUUCUUUUCAGCAGGCAGGGAAAACUGCGUCUGCAAAAGUGGUACGUGCCCCUUUCAGACAAGGAGAAGAAAAAGAUCACAAGGGAACUGGUGCAAACCAUCUUGGCCAGGAAGGCCAAAAUGUGCAGCUUCUUGGAGUGGAGAGACCUCAAAAUCGUCUACAAAAGAUACGCCAGCUUGUACUUCUGCUGCGCUAUCGAGGAACAAGACAACGAACUGAUCACGCUGGAGAUCAUCCACAGAUACGUGGAGCUGCUGGACAAAUACUUCGGCAGCGUGUGCGAGUUGGACAUCAUCUUCAACUUUGAGAAAGCCUACUUCAUCCUGGACGAGUUCCUGCUAGGCGGCGAAGCCCAGGAGACGUCCAAGAAGAACGUUCUCAAGGCCAUCGAGCAGGCCGACCUGCUGCAGGAGAACAUAGACUCUCAGACGCGCUUGUUUGCAGGUAUGACUGUCCCCAAUGUCACAUCAGAGACUUCUGGAUUGUUCCAGAACUUGACACGUUGA